AUGCACCCGUCCGAGGCCAAGGGUUCGCGACUGUCGCGCUCGAAGGAGCGGGCGCCCAGCUGCCCGGACCGCGCUGACAGGGAGAACACGAAGCUGCUGCAGGUGGCUGGCGUCGGCCCGCGCCGGUUCUACGGUGACUCGGCCGAAGCCGGCGGCUCGCUGUCCGCCGCCAGCCCACAGAUGCGGCCGCCGCCGUCGCUGCGCAAGUCCGGCGAGGGCGACAAGAACCCGCAGCUGCACUGUGGCAAGGCGCAGGCGGCCAGCCGCGGCCUGCAGCUAGUCCCGGCCAUCCGGCCGCUCGACUCCGACAAUGAUGGCAAGGACCCUUUGUAUAUCGGCCUACCCAACUACGGGAACUCCUGCUAUCAGAACGCCACCCUGCAGUCGCUGCUGGGCCUGCGACCGUUCCUCAGUGAGAUGAUUUCCCUGAUCUCGGGCCUGGACGAGAGCGGCCAGUGCCGCACGCUGCGUGCCGUCGCCAAACUGAUGGUGCUGCGCCAGAAGGCACUCAGCAAAUCAGUCUCUAGCCAUCUCAACGAUCUGCGCGACGUGUUCGCCGACAUCGACCCGGCGUUCAGAGGUACCGAGAUGCAGGACGCCAAUGAGUUCUUGCUGCGCCUGCUAGACACUAUGAAGGGAGAGAUCGACGCGCGGCGACCGACCGACAACCCGGUGCGAGACAACUUUCAGUACCAGGUCGUCGAGAGCUACAUGUGCACCAAGUGUCAUGAAACGGCGCUGAAGCGGCAAGAAAACAUAUGCUGGUUUGUCAGAGUGCCGCGCCGCCAGGGCACGGAGACGCCCACGCUGCAGGACGCACUGCGAAUGUGCAUGCGGCCUGACCGGCGCGAGCGGCUCUGUCAGCACUGCCAGCAUGAUGAGUGCCGCGUCACCACCAAAAUCAGCCAGCUGCCCAGGACGCUGAUACUACAGCUCAACCGUGCGCCGGCGCGUCCCUCUUCACCGGCGACCGGUGCCGAGCCGCUGCCGCCGCCGCCGCCAGCGCAGGAUGAGCUGGUGGUGCUGGACGCUGACUCCGAGUCCAAACCGGCGCGGACCCGCGAGGACGAAGAUGGCGAGCUCCAGGAAGCCAUCUCUCUCUGCUCAGUGGACCUGGCCGGCGACUUUACCUACCGGCUGGUGGGCAUCGUCAGCCACUACGGCGGCGCCACGCACUCCGGACACUACGUGUCGGACGUCUACAGCGUCGGCAGGGACCGUUGGUACCACUAUAACGAUAGCCGAGUCAGCUGUGUCGACGAGGCCGACAUUAUGGGCGAGGGACACCAGAGAAACGGCUACAUAUUCUUCUACCUCCACAAAGACCUAUAUAACCAAGUGGUCAGCGCAGAGGGAGCCGGCGGGGCGCUGUAA